AUGUCGCAGGCGACGGCACGCGGCACGUCUUCGAAUUUCACGGGUGCUUCUGGCACAUCUGUCGCGAAUGUUUACGGAUCAACCGCGACAAACGUAACGUUAAUGACCGAGCGUAUGCGUGAACUGGGUUACCGCGUGACAGAGCAGUGGAAAUGCGUCUUUGAUCGAGGCUUGAGGGAGAACAAGAUGAGGAAAUACGUGGCGACACACCCGCUGACCGCUGCCACUGCCACGAGCGAAGCGCUCAACCCGCGCGAUGCGUUCUACGGCGGUCGAACGGGGAACACUUCCCGAUACUACGAGAAUGGAUGGUUCCCGGUUGGCCACCCGACGGUCUACGUUGAAGAGGAGUGUAAGCUCUUGACCGGGGCGAGCGGUUGCGACAUCACGCGAGUCGAGGGGUUGAUCAAAUGCCGAGUUUUACCGCCGCGCAAUCUUUAUCACCCUAUUUUGCCGGUGCGCAUGCAUGACAAACUCAUGUUUGCUUUGUGCCGCUCAUGUUGUCAGAGUUUGCGUCAGGGCGAGUGUAGACAUGAUGACGAGGCCGCGCGAGAAUUCGAGGGCACGUGGGUGUCCGUUGAAUUGAAAGAAGCCUAUACGGUAACAUCUUCUGAUCCGACUACUCGUCAAGGUGGGCAUUUCGCCGACUACAUCGACACCUUUCUCAAAAUUAAGCAAGAGGCAAGCGGCUGGCCUGCUGAAUGCGAGGAUGAGUUGGCUCAAAUGCGGUAUCUCGACGAGUACGAACGUGUCGAGGGUAUACGCUUAUUUUGGGGUAAGUUUCGGCAACGUGAGAUCCUGGUGAAAACGGAGGUUAUCAAGACGCGACAGCAGCUGCUCGAGCUUUUGACCAACCCUAAAGUCGAGGUGUCCGGUUUGCUGCUUGUGAACGACGAUGUACUCUACGUGCAUUGGUCGCACGCGCAACACAGCGUUGAACCGUCAGCACUGGCGAACGUCGUGAUUGCCGCGUACACCACUGCUCAGGCUUUGCUGAAGCUCUACUCGUACCUCGAGAAAGUCGAUCGGCGCGUUCUCUACUACGAUACUGAUUCAGUGAUUCACACCCGGAACCACCACCGACCAAACGCGUAUGAACCUCCUACGGGUAACUUCCUUAGCGAUCAAACGGAUGAGCUGGAGCCUUACGGCUGUGGGAGGUUUAUACGGGCUUUUGUCUCUGGGGGGCCAAAGUUCUACGCAUUCGUCGUCAAACGUCCGAAUGGUGAAGUGGUUGAAAUUAGCAAGGUAAAAGGUAUAACGCUGAACCACACGGCGAGCUCGAAACCUAACUUCGAGGCCAUCAAAGGGAUGGUGCUACAAGCCGCUGCACCCAUCAAUUUGGAGUAUCGUGCUAUUCGCCGUUCGGAACUGCACGCAGUGGUGACUCGCUCCGAGUGCAGAACGUGCAAGCCAGUAUUAGCGAAAAGGCAUUGCUGCGUCGACAGUUUCGACACGCUGCCCUACGGUUACCGCGCUGGGUGA